AUGAGCACCGCAGUAGAGCUGCCUCAGAGGCCUUCGGCCCCUACCGCAGUCUCUGCAGCGCCCGCUGGAGGGGGGGCCCAUGAGGGCUCUCCAGGAUCAGCCCAUCCUGACUUGAUUUUUCCACCAGCAGAUAUGCGCGGCGUUAUCGAGAAAACAGCCCAGUUCGUGGCCAAGAACGGCGCAGAGUUCGAGUCGCGCGUCUUGCGAGAACAGAGUGCCACCAAGUUCGGUUUCUUGCUGCCAAACAAUCCGUAUCAUGCUUUCUACAAGCUGAAAGUCAGGGAGUUUGCCACAGGAGAGGCUGCUCCCACCCCCCAGGUGCCGCAAGCCAUUCGGGACAUGCAGCAGAAACAGCAACAGCAACAGCAAAAGCAGCAGCAGCUGUUAAUGCUUACCCAAAUAGGGGAAAGCGAGAAGGAAGCAAGCAAGCAGCAAAUCGAACCGCCACCCCCAAGUCAGUACAUUCUGCAGCAUCCAUGGGUUGCUCCUGUAGACCUUGAUAUCAUCCGUUGCUGUGCGCAAUUUGUCGCCCGGAACGGCCAGAAAUUCCUCGCUGGAUUGGCUCAGCGAGAGCAACAGAACCCCCAGUUCGCGUUUCUUAAGCCCUCUCACCAUUUGUUUUCCUACUUUGCUUCCCUCGUGGACGCAUACACCAAGUGCCUUCUUCCCCAGAAAGAGACCCUCGAGGGGCUGAAGGAGACGGCUGGUAACCGACAGGCGCUGAUGACACGGAUCCGACGGCGUAUGCUGUACGAACGGCAGCAGCUGCAGCGGCGGAAGGAGAAGGAAACAAAGACGCAAGAAGAGAGGCGACUUAUGAUGUCGCUGGAGUGGACAGACUUUCACGUUGUGGAGACGAUUGAUUUCACGGAAGAAGACGAACGGCUGCCUCUCGCCGCACCGAUCGACUUCAAAGCAGCACCGAGGGAGCUACCGAAGGCACUGUUGUCUGAAGUCGCUUCUGGCGUUGCUGAUGCUCCCACAGGCACAGAGGGAGAGAAGGUGGACUCGAUCGCGAAGCUUAUCGAGGGAGCAGGAGCAGAUGAUGAUGACGAGGCUAUGGAAACGGAAGACGAGGAGGAGACUGCCAAGCAGCAAGAAGCACAGAAGCAGCAGCCGGCCGCUGCCGAAAGUGCUGCCGGUCAUACUGCUACACCUGGUUCUGCUGCUCCAGAAUCCGAACAACAAGAGGAUCUGGCGAGUCUACCUGCGCCCCUCAGAGUUGUCAAGGGAUAUGUUCGACCCAAGAAGCGGCAGGCGGCUGCUGGUGCCGCAAGCGGUUUCCAGAGGUGCCCGAUCACGGGUCAGCUUAUUGCCGCAGACCAAAUGACGAAUCAUCUCAGAAUCUUGCUGCUCGAUCCGAAAUGGAAAGAGCAGAAGGACCGCUUUCUGGAGAAGGCACAGGCCGAGUCGGCUUUUGCUCCACUGGAGGAUGUCGAGGGAUACCUCGCACAGUUUGUGGCCAAGCGUCCUGAUCUAUUUGGCUCAGUUGAUGACCAUGCGCGUCUCGAGGCGGAGGCCGAGGUUGACCCUCUCCGUGUGGAGGCUGCAGCCACGGGGUCACAGACGUCAGUAGCUGCUCCGGAGGCGAAGAGACAGCGUGUAGACAACACAUCUGCUGUCGCUGCUGAAAGUGGAGCCUCUGCGCCGCUGCUUCUGACAGUUGUCUGUCGGGAAGGGGACGGUCUCGAGGCUCAGGAGGCUCAGGUAGAGGUUGAUCGCAAUCUCACGACUGCGCAGCUGAAGCAGUCGCUGCUAGAUGCGGGUAUUGGCGCCGAGACCUUGAAAGCUCGAGACUUGCAGCUUUCGAGCAGCAUCGACGGUAAUCCUCUCUUGGACCACCUAUCACUCGCCGAAGCCGGCAUUCGUUCCGCGGAAGGCCGCCUCUACCUCUCAGUGGUUUCUCGUUAA